AUGAACAGGUUAGGGGCCCUCAUGGGCAAUAUGAAAGGACCGACACAAGCAAAAAGGAGGUUAUUGGCGGCGGUAGGGCAGGCGAAUUUUUUAUAUGGGGCCCCCAUAUGGGCAGAAAAGGUGCAAAAAGGAGCAAACAGGGUGAUGGCGGACAGGUCCACAAGGAUGUGUGCUCUGAGAGUGGUAGCGGCAUACAAAACAAUAUCAACGGAAGCAGUAGCAGUAAUAGCGGGAGUGCCCCCUAUGCAUCUACUAGCAGAAAUAAGGCAAAGAAAUUAUAAAAAAAUGAGGGCCUUGAUAGAACAGGGGAUGGACCCAAAAAUAAAAAAUAAAAUAAGGAGGCAAAUUAAGAAGGACGGGGAAAAGGAAUUGGUUGACCGAUGGCAGAAGGGUAGGAGAAAGAGACCGGGAAAGCCCUGUGGACAAAAGAAGUAA